AUGUUGGAAGCUCGAAGAGGAGGCAGAAUUGAUUUCGGCCUUAUUGUUGGCGACCCCUUCGCGUUAGCAACAAUAUCAAUCGGUCUGCUCGCAUGGCUGAUCGCGUUUAUCUCCUCAAUCGUCGCAAAUAUCCAAGAUCCUUUCCCGAAAUAUGCCUGGUGGACUGUAGCAUAUAUGCUCUGCUGCAUUUUGGGCAUCUUGUUCGUAUUCGCGACGAACUCUAGCAAUACCUACGCGAUUGCCAUUGUCGGUUACCUCGCUGCCGGCCUUGUUAUGACAACAUCUGCGGUCAAUUCGCUUGUCUAUCAACCGCAGGGUGCCAUGGAGGCAGCAGCUGCUGGUCACAUUUUGCUCUCCAUGGUUGCUAUUAUCUGGAUCUUCUAUUUCGGCUCCGCGCCCGCCGCCGCUCAUCGCGAGUUCAUUGACCAGUUUGCCCUGCACAAAGAUCGCGGUGCUUUCCGUGGCCCUGCACAAAACAUGACCAAUGCCUACGAUCGACCACAAACCACAGCUUCUGCUCAGCCGCCACAAAUGUACACGUCUGCGCAAUUGAAUGGCUUCGAAACGUCUUCACCUAUCUCGGGAUACCCAGGUGGACCUACAGGAGCGGCGGCGCGGCCAUCGACCCAACCACCCUCCAAUACAAGCGCUUCGCCUGAAGCACAGGCAGCAGCCCAACCCACUGAAUACCCCUAUCGAGCCAAGGCCAUUUACAGCUAUGAGGCAAAUCCAGAUGAUGCCAACGAAAUCAGCUUCAGCAAGCAUGAGAUUCUCGAAGUCUCGGACGUGAGCGGUCGCUGGUGGCAGGCGAAAAAAGAGAGUGGCGAGACAGGCAUCGCACCUAGCAACUACUUGAUCCUGUUAUGA